UAUUGUGUAACAGACGACAUCUGGCCUAGGAUUAUGUUAUAUAUAAAUGAUUCCUUUAACGUGUUCACGCACUCAGACCCUGGCAGUGUGGAUAUUUUGUAAUUUUCAUGUCAAUAUAAGCGACUUUAAUGUUAAAAGACCAUUCCUUAUUGUCUUAUGAGAUCAUAUAUUACUUGAUGCAGUAGGUCUAUAAGAUGCGCUAAAUAUAAUUGAAGACAGUGUUGUCGUAGGUGGAAGGAAGUCUACCAUAGACUUGGAAUUUCAGGGAUUACUGAGCGUUAACAAUUAAAUCGCGUGUAAUUCUGUCACUGGAGGAUUAUAUGACAUCAAGGCAUUCAUAGGAAAGUAAUAGAUACCGAAUGAAGGACAGAAUUUGUUCAGGUUCUGUUGUAGCUUGAGUUGACAACGAUCACAGGUGCCAUUGUAUACGAAGGUCAAGGACAGACGUGAGAAAGAUGACAAAGAAACGUGAAUGUACCACUUUCGCCUGAAUCCAGUUUCAACUAAGAACUUUGAGAGACAUAAAGAAUUAUACAAAGAACUUUCUUUCUCAACUUCACCAAUUCUGUCCACCGACAUUUGUCACUGAACUGAUAUUUCCUAAACCUGGAUCUUCAGUUUCUGCCACAUUAUAAAUACAAGAAAUGGAUUACUAAAUGACUAAACCUGGACUAGAACUAGGAACUACCCUGUAAACGCCAGUACACAGGUAAACUGAGCUAAUAUAAAAGAUAAUCAAAGACUAAACACAACUUUCUGGGAUUUUUCUAUCAAAUUUUUCUAUCAAAUUUAUGCUGAUCUUACAGGUCGGUUUCCAUAUAUCUUUUAGCAGUUUCUUUUAUAUUUAAGAAGCAUCAUCUAUAGAGCAGAGAAAGAAAGAAUUGGAAGUCAAUUACUGUCCCGAACAUUAGCGAUCACAUCAGAGUCCUUGAAUCUCUGCUCUCUGUAUCUUUCUGUCACAACUCAGCACUUUGAUUGUACUCUUACCUUUACGUGAUAUUCUCUAUUUCUUAGUAAAGGUGAAACGGAAAAAGUUACUAAAUCAAACAUAACUGAUGUAUAUCGAUAUUUGGUUUUACAGAGAUUGAAUAAAGAAGUCCAUGAUUAUCGAUAAUAAAUUGUAUCAAUGUACUGAGAAACAUAAAUGUACUAAACACAUCUUCAUCCUCAUUUCCAGAGAACACAUCUCAUUCAAUUAAAUAUUCACUUUGAUAACAAAACAAACAUCUUUUAUGUAAAGAAAUUAUGUUAAACAAAUCAACGAAGUUACCAAAGCAAAGUUCCUAAACUGCUGCAAUUGUCUUCUAGUCUAAUAUAUCACUCACGGAUUAAUAUGCUUUCAAACAUUUAACUUCCAGCAAAACAUUGAGAAUCUGUAGAGAGGACAUAAUAAUGUCGAAGUUUACCAUUUGUGUUGAGCGUUGUUGUUCAUGUCGAUGGAGAUUAUGUUAUGCCUGUGUUGUUGCUUUUCUUCUGCUACAAACUUUAAGAGUUGACCUAAGCAUGGCUUUUGUUUGUAUGUUGAAAACACCUCAUCGUACAACGGAGGACGUUAACGUUACUGCAAAUAACCAACAGUGUUCCGGUCUAAGUAAUCAUUCUGUAGACAGAGAUUUUGGAGGGGAAUUAGAAUGGAGCGACACGUUACAAGCAAACAUGUUGGCUGGGUAUUUUUAUGGGUUUAUAGCAACCAACAUUUUGAGUGGUUUAUUAUCUGACAAAUACGGAGGAAAAAGAGUCUUAGGAGGUUCACUUCUUUCGGCAUCCAUCCUGACCAUUCUUCACCCAAGUUUGUCUCGAAUUAGUGGAUAUUUUACUCUGGUUUUAAGGAUAUUAACAGGUGCAGUAUCGGGGUUGCUAUCACCAGCAAUUCACUCUUUAUUUGGACGUUGGGGACCUCCACAAGAGAUAGGUUUGUUGAUAGGUUUUGCAUUUGCUGGUCAAAUUCUAGGUAACAUUGUAGGUCUUUCAACAGCAGGUUACCUCUGUGUUUAUGGAUUUGAUAAUGGAUGGGGUUCUAUAUUCUAUGUAUUUGGUGGAAUAUCGUUAGUGUUUAGUUGUGUGUGGUUUUAUGUUGUUUAUGAUAAUCCAAACGUCCACCCUACUAUUAGUGAAGAAGAACGUUCGUACUUAAACAAAACUAUAAAAUGUGAAAGUGUAGUUAGAAAAGUACCAUGGAAACGGCUAUUGAUCUCGCCGGCUGUUUGGGCAAUCAACUUAGGUAUGUUUGCUUAUGCUUGGACCGAUAUUUCUUUCCAGACAUUGCUACCCCUUUAUAUGAAAGAAGCCUUACAGGUUAAAACAACCUCCAACGGUUUAAUGUCGUCUGCUCCUUCGGUUGGACAAAUCAUAGCUCUACCGCUGUGUGGAAAAUUUGCAGAUUUUAUACGUUCAAAGAAAUGUCUGUCAACUCGCUCUGUUCGGAUUUUAUUCCAAAUAUUUGCUCUGAUUGUUUCAGCUUGUCUGCUGGUUGUGGUAGGGUUCCUCAAAUGUAAUCAAACCGUUCUAAUAACUUUCCUUUUAUUUCUCAGUGGUAUAAUAAUAUCAUUUACCAGUGGUGGUGUUCUUGUCAAUAACAGUGACAUAGCUCCAAGUUAUGCUGGUAUUAUAUUUGGAAUUGCAAACACUUUUGCCUCAACGUCGGGCAGUAUCAGUUCCUUAACUACAAAAGCUUUAACCCCAAACGGUACACAAGAAGAAUGGCAGAUCGUGUUUGCCUUAUGUGCCGCUAUAUGUGUAUCUGGUGCGAUAUUAUUUGCAAUAUUGGUAAAAGCUGAGAUCCAAGACUGGGCAAUUUCUGAAGGAUCUGGCUCAUCUGUUCAUCCCAGCGGCACAAACAGAAAUGUAGCAGCUAAAUUAGUUUAGUGAGAUAUUUUGCUAGACUGCUUCUGGCCUCAUUAUUUCUGGUUUCGCACCUAUAGACCAAUUUGGCAGUAUGGCGCGUGAAGGAUUCAAGAUCUUUUUUAUGCUAAUUCAAUACAUUUUCUCUUAAUAAUGUCUUAUUGAAUUGAGUUCGUAUGUGGUAGCGUUGUAUUUGGAUAUUAUUAGCAGUUGCUUUUUUACGGUGUGGGAGCGAAAGUGGUUGAUUCAUUUCCAUUUGCGGAAGUCAGGUUCAAAAUGGCCAUUUGAGUCUGACGUGUCGUCUAUACUACUAAGCGCUUUAUGGCUGCAAAACCAACGGUCACUCUAUGACCGGCCAUAAUAUAUGUAUGUAUAUACAUAGAUAUACAUACGUAUGUAUGUAUAUGUGUGUGCGCGUGUGUGUGUAAGUGUGUGUGUUUCUGUAAGACUAUAUAUAAACGAUGCAAUUAUAUAACAACUCUACUGCUAUAUUAACAUUUUGUUUCAAUGCGAUACACUGCACCAUAUGUGUGUGUGUGUGUGUGUGUGUGUGUGUGUGUGUGUAUUGUGUGUGUGUGUAUUGUGUGUGUGUGUAUUGUGUGUGUGUGUGUGUGUGUGUGUGUGUAUUGUGUGUGUGUGUAUUGU